CCCACCCACCCUCCCACCAUGUCGGGCACCCGGGCGUCCAACGACCGCAGCAGCCACCCCGGCGGCGGGCUCAAGCGGGCGCGCAGCGAGCCGGGCGGUAACAAAGUGACGGUGGUGCUGGGGGCGCAGUGGGGGGACGAAGGCAAGGGCAAGGUGGUCGACCUGCUGGCCACCGAGUCGGACAUUGUGUGCCGAUGCCAGGGUGGGAAUAACGCAGGCCAUACUGUGGUUGUUGAUGGGAAGGAGUAUGAUUUUCACCUGUUUCCUAGUGGCAUCAUUAAUCCAAAGGCAAUUUCUUUUAUUGGUAAUGGAGUGGUUAUACAUUUACCAGGCCUGUUUGAAGAAGCUGAAAAGAAUGAAAAGAAAGGUUUAAAAGAUUGGGAGAAAAGACUGAUUAUAUCAGAUAGGGCACAUAUAGUGUUUGACUUUCACCAGGCAGUAGAUGGGCUCCAGGAAGUGCAACGUCAAGCACAAGAAGGAAAAAAUAUUGGCACAACAAAGAAGGGGAUUGGACCAACAUAUUCUUCCAAAGCUGCACGAACGGGCCUUCGAAUUUGUGACCUCCUUUCUGACUUUGAUGAAUUUUCUUCAAGAUUUAAAAAUCUGGCACAACAAUACAAGUCAAUGUUUCCCACAUUGGACAUAGAUAUAGAAGGACAAUUGAAAAAGCUAAAGGGAUAUGCUGAAAAAAUAAGACCCAUGGUUCGAGAUGGCGUGUAUUUUAUGUAUGAAGCUCUUCAUGGCUCCCCAAAGAAGAUUCUUGUUGAAGGAGCCAAUGCAGCAUUACUUGAUAUUGACUUUGGCACGUAUCCUUUCGUGACUUCAUCGAACUGCACCGUAGGUGGUGUAUGCACCGGACUUGGUGUUCCUCCCCAGCACGUUGGUGAUGUGUAUGGUGUGGUGAAGGCGUAUACUACUCGGGUGGGAAUUGGAGCCUUCCCCACUGAACAGAUUAAUGAAAUUGGAGAUCUUUUACAGUCCCGUGGCCACGAAUGGGGAGUAACUACAGGCAGAAAGAGACGCUGUGGCUGGUUAGAUCUUGUCAUUUUGAAAUAUGCUCAUAUGAUCAACGGAUUCACUGCUUUGGCAUUAACAAAACUGGAUAUUCUUGAUGUCCUUGAUGAGAUUAAAAUUGGUGUUGCUUACAAAUUGGGUGGAAAAAGAAUUCCGUAUUUUCCAGCAAAUCAGGAGAUACUACAGAAGGUGGAAGUAGAGUAUGAAACAAUGCCUGGGUGGAAGACUGACACAACUGGUGCACGAAAAUGGGAGGACCUCCCACCCAAGGCCCAGAACUACAUCCGCUGUGUGGAAAACCAUAUUGGAGUGCCAGUGAAAUGGGUCGGAGUUGGAAAAUCAAGAGAGUCAAUGAUCCAGCUAUUCUAAACAAAUGAAGAACUUCAGUGAUGAGAAGCACAAUUUAGCGUUCAUCUGUUCCUUACUGCUUCCUCUUUAAAUGGAGAUGCUAUUUAAAGCCAACAUGUUCUUCUAGAAAUUGAAUAGAAGCAAAACAUAUAUUCUGUAUUGUAACAUUUUAUUUAUCUUUAAGUUCUCAGUAAAUUCAGUGUAAAAUCUCCCUGGUGGCCAUCAUUAAAAAAAAAAUCAAAAAAGUAUUCUUAACAAAACAAGGAAAAAUAUUUUUUUAAAUUUGAGCCAUGUUACUAUUUGAAAGUGUUUUACAUCCAUAUAGAGUUAUUUCUUCUUGCUGAAACCAAUAUUAAGCCUUUUCCAGUAGUUACUGGGUAACUUUAAAAUUGUGAAGCUUGGAUUUGUUCUUCCACUUCAAAUGUUAAAAUGUCUGUGUAUCUGGGUUGGCAGUAAUAAGACAGAUAUCGUGUACUUAAAUUGGUUGGAUUAUACAGAUUUUCAGUUUCUAAAAUACAGUGAAGUUAGGUAUUUUUGACUGCACAAAGCAAGGCAAACACAAUUAUCUAUAAUUUUUAUAUAAUGAUUUUUUAACAGCCCACUAAAAUGAAUGGGGAGCAGCUAAAGUAUUUUUAUCCCAGAGCCUAUUCUAGUAACUGAGAUAACAUCUAUAGAGGCGCCAAACUGGAGAAAGUUGACCUGUCUAAUAAUUCUUUCGAAUAUCCUGUGUACUAACAGACAAUCCCUGUGGAGACUGUCAGAUGUGCAGUCUUUAUUUCAUGCAGUAGGGAAGGAGUGAGUGAAGGUGGAAGGACGAGAGUCUUCAGGGUGCAGAACACACGGGGAGAGUGGAGCCGAGGCAGCACGCUGUGUUUUCCCAGUGAACCUGAGACAUUUCUUCCUGCUAAUGCAGUGAUUGUAAUUUCCAAAGUUUUGCUGUAGUUAUCUGUUGAGGAACUUGGGACUUGCAGCUCUAAGGCACACUCGCUUCCACAGCUCCUAGGUUUCCAAGAAUAAAUCAAUGCAUGACUUAAUGAUGACUGCUGCAGUAUUUACACUCCUCACACAUUUUGACCUUCCUCAGCAAAAUGUAAUGCCUAUUUAUAGAAGGGGAUGACAUGUGGCAGCCAGGGUUCGGACAUGUAGAAGCCGUGGAGAGGUCCCAGAAUCUUCAAGAAUACACUUGGAUUUCUUUGUGGAUCUUCUAAUUGAUAAUGGCUAUACUUCAAGAGCUCUCAAAAAACCGCCUACCUCUUGUAGAGGAAAAAGAAUACACUAGAAACGGAGUUAUUCCCUAACUGCGGAAUUUUCCAAGUAAAUGUUCAUUUUCUGUAUAUGUCUCAGAGAGCUAUAACAAUAUUUUUGUAUCAUUCCCAGGGGCUGUGGAAAUGGCAUCACAACCCCAGUAAUGCCAUUAUGUAGUGUGUGAAAAUAGCCCUUUUCUGAGAUGAUAACUCCAAGGAUACAAAACGAUGACGUUCUUUGCAUCAGAGAUGGGGAAAAAGAAAAACCUAUCUGGAGUAUCUUGUGUCAUAUUCAUCCCCUUUGUCUUUUCUUAAAUAACAGUUAAUGUUCAAACCCAUUUGUGUCAAGAAGCAAUUACAAAAGUACCGGUAUGAGCACACAGAAAGCACUAAAUUUAACUGUGUACAGAUGUAUUGCUGCUUGUAAGGCAGAAUUCUUACACCCUCCGGCUGCAGCGCAGUCUCUUCAUACCCCAGUUCAUCACAGACUGUGGCUUUAUGCCACAAGCAAAU